AUGGCGACCAACGAGACGAUUGGGCCUUCGCCGCCCCAAAGACGCACUCUGGAAGAAACUAUGGCCGAAUUUGACACAAUUCCGCUUUUCAUGAAGUCGCUUCCCGAGGAACCGGCUAACGACCCAAUAAUCGCGGCCCUCCAAAGUAUCGCUUACGAAGGAACGCCGGAUGAAAUCGCACUCAACUUCAAAGAACAAGGGAAUGAAUACUUUAAGGGCAAACGGUAUCGUGAAGCUAUGGGUUUUUACACCCAAGGCAUCGACGCGAAGCCCAUUGAUGCUGCUCUCCUGGAAGCCCUGCUAUGUAAUCGCGCCGCAUGCAAUCUGGAGCUCCAAAAUUAUGGGACUGUGCUUCGAGAUUGCUCGACAGCUUUAUCAAUCAACCCUCGCUCUUCAAAAGCCUUUUAUCGCUCAGCAAUGGCGCUUCUAACCUUAGAACGAGCAGACGAGGCCAUAGAUUGCUGCGACCGAUGCCUCAAAUUUGAUCCUGACAACAAGGGUGUACAAAGUAUCCGUUCUAAAACCCUAGAACGAAAAGCGGCGCUGGAAAAGAAAGAGAAGGAGCGUCUCGAGCGAAUCCGUCGGGAGAAAGCAGCCGAAACAAAGCUCACCCUUGCAUACCGUGAGCGAAAUCUUAUUGUAAUUCCGCCCAAAGAUGGCUCCCAGAAUCCAUAUGCCCCCCAUUUUGAUCCAGAAGACCCUACUGACUCAUCGCUCAUCAUACCCGUCUUCUUCUUGUACCCACAACAUGCAACUUCGGAUGUGAUCCCCGAGUUUGUAGAAGACACCCCAUUUGCCGCACACAUCGCGUCAAUGUUCCCUCCUCAGGUGCCUCCUCCAAACUGGGACACGAAACGAGAGUAUGUUGAUGGACAGCUUGUCAUCUACGCCAUGACUCACCGAAAACGGCUACUCAAAGUUGGCAAGAAAAUGUCACUCAGAGAUGUUUGUGCAGCAGCCAAAGGAAAGGACGGUGAAAACAAGGAUGGACUAGAGCUUAAAGAUGGUUGUUUGACUUUUGUCGUCCUCCCCAAGGGUGAAGUCGAGAUAAAGUGGGUUAAUGAAUACAAAAGCGGUCGAGACAGUUCAUAG